GGCAGCAUGUCGGCGCUGUGCUGGUCCCGCGGCGCGGCGGGGUUCCGCAGGACGCUGCGGCUCUCGGGCUGCACCCGCCCCGCAGCCCUGGAAGGGACCAUGGUUGGCCUCGGUGGCCCCAGAAGGAGCUCAUCCGCCAGCCCCCGUGAGCUAGACCGCAGGAAGGACUGGGGUCUCGCAGAGCUGCUGGAAGUGCUGGAGGCGCGGGUACGCCAGCUGCAGGCCGAGAGCCUGUCUGAAAUGAUGGUAAAGAGGGUCAAGGUGGCCCAGGCGCCCACAGUUCCUACUCGCUGGGAACAGAAGCUCAACCAGGAUAAGCAGAAGAUGCAGAAUCGCCAGCAGCGGAUCGAGAAGCGGCUGCAGAAGCACUCCCAGAAGCUGGCCCAGAAGCUGAAGCCCCGGCCCCUGCGCCUGGAGCCCCAGCUCCUGAGCGAGGAGCUGGCCGGCUGCCUGCAGCAAGAGGGGCUCCAGAGCCCCUGGGAAGAGAGGCUGGAGCAGGUGCUGCAGAAGGCCUCAGAGAAGCUGAGCGUGAAGAUGCAGGCUCCACCAGACGACCAGGAGGAGGAAGAGCAUGUGUCUGCCCGGCAGCGGAACAUGCUGGCCUUUCUGGAGUGCUGCCUGACCACUGACCACCUGCCCCUGGCCCACCACGUGCUGGUCAGCCAGCACUCCAUGCCCCGGAGGCGGCAGCUGCUGACCCUCACCAUGUACAACAUCGUCAUGCUCGGCUGGGCCCGCAAGGGCUCCCUCAAGGAACUGGUGUAUGUAUUCUUCAUGAUGAAAGACGCUGGCCUCAGUCCAGACCUGCUGUCCUAUGCGGCUGCCCUCCAGUGCUUGGGGAGGGUGAACUCAGAUGUCCACACCAUCAAAAGGUGUGUAAAGCAGAUGGCCCAGGACGGGCUGCAGCUGCAGCAGCUCUUCACAGACCUGGCCAUGCCCACCGAGGAGCGCGCCGCACUCCUGAAUGCUCUGCUCAAGGCUCAGCCCGACUUCAGCCCACCACAGGCCCCGCCCCAAGUCAACACGUCCACACUACUCAAGGACAUCUACGCCCAGGACGGGCCCACGUCAUACCCAAGGCUGCCGCUACCCCUGAAAACUCUGCAGGACCUCUUCCAGGAGCAGCUGCGCAUGGAGCUGGAGGCCAACAUUUCUGUAGAGUCCGUAGAGAAGGCACCGAAGUUGGACAGGCCAGUCCUAGAGGCGCGGAAGACCCUGAAGGCCCUGCGUGCCCAGUGGGAGGCUGCACUGCACCGAGUGUUGCAGGAGACGAAGGCUCGCAUGGCCCGGGAAGCGCACCAGGGUCAGCCCUCGCUCUACCCCUUCCUGUGCCUGCUGAGCGAGAAGGACCUGGUGGGCCUGCUCAUGCAGGCCUUGCAGGCGUUGCCCUCCCAGGGUGAGUCACUCAUGUUCCUGGCCCAUGACCUGGGCAUUCGCGUCUUCAACCGGCAUGCUGUGCAGCAGAAACAGCGCAACCACCAGUUGCAGGAGCUGGAGCAGCGGUACCUGCGGUACCUACACUUGCUGGCCUCUGACACCCAGGUGGCCACACCCUGCCUACCUCGGCAGUACUGGGAGGCGCUGGGGGCCCCUGACAUGCCACCGCUGCAGCCCUGGCCCAUGCCGCUGCUCAUGAAGCUGGGCAGACACCUGGCUGAGAUGCUGGUGCAGGCUGUGGAGAUGCCCCACAACCUGGGCACGAGCCAGGGCUCCCGCAAGCUCAUCCCGGUGCUGUACCACGUCUACUCCUUCCGGAGCUUCCGCCAGAUCGGCAUCCUGAAGCCACACCCAGCCUACACGCAGCUGCUGGCUACCGCCGCAGAGUCCACGCUGAACUUCGAGUCGACCGACGUGCCCAUGCUGUGCCCCCCGCUGCCUUGGACCUCCUCACACACGGGUGCCUUCCUGCUGAACCCCACCAAGCUGAUGCGCGGCGUGGACGGCAACCUGCAGCACCAGCGCCUGCUGGAGAGCUGCCCCGCCACCGACCUGCAUGGCGCUCUGGACACGCUCACCCAGCUGGGAAACUGUGCCUGGCGCGUCAAUGGGCGCCUGCUGGACCUGGUGCUCGAGGUCUUCCUGGACAAGGGCAGCGUCCGCCUGGGUGUGCCACCGCCGGUCUCAGAGGCACCCCAGCCACCAGAGGGCGUGCUGCCGCCCAACACGCCACCCGCCCGCAAGGCCGAGGUGCGGCGGGAGCUGGCACACUGCCUAAAGGUGGCGCGGGAGAUGCACAGCCUGCGCAUGGAGGCCCUGUACCGCCUCUCGCUGGCCCAGCACCUGCGGAGCCGCAUCUUCUGGCUGCCCCACAACAUGGACUUCCGUGGCCGCACCUACCCCUGCCCGCCUCACUUCAACCACCUGGGCAGUGACCUGGCCCGAUCUCUGCUGCAGUUCGCCGAAGGCCGCCCCCUGGGCCCCCAAGGCCUUGACUGGCUCAAGAUCCAUCUGGUCAACCUCACCGGCCUCAAGAAGCGGGAAUCACUCAAGGCCCGUCUGGCCUUUGCCAACCAGGUGAUGGAGGACAUUUUGGACUCUGCAGACAGGCCCAUGACGGGCAAGAAGUGGUGGAUGAAGGCCGACGAGCCCUGGCAGACCCUGGCCUGCUGCAUAGAGGUAGCACAGGCGGUGCGUUCCCCCGACCCUACUGCCUAUAUUUCCCACCUACCUGUUCACCAGGAUGGCUCCUGCAAUGGUCUACAGCAUUACGCUGCCCUGGGCCGGGACAGCAUAGGCGCUGCCUCCGUCAACCUGUUACCCUCGGACCUGCCACAAGACGUGUACAGCGAGGUGGCUGCGAAGGUGGAGGUGUUCCGCAGGGAGGACGUGAAGAAGGGCGUGCUGGUGGCGCAGGUGCUGGAGGGCUUCAUCAGCCGCAAAGUAGUGAAGCAGACGGUGAUGACGGUGGUGUACGGCGUCACCCGCUACGGCGGCCGCCUCCAGAUUGAGAAGCGCCUCCGGGAGCUGGACAGCUUCCCCCAGGAGUUCAUCUGGGAAGCCUCCCACUACCUCGUCCGCCUGGUCUUCAAGAGCCUGCAGGAGAUGUUCUCAGGUACUCGCGCCAUCCAGCACUGGCUGAGCGAGAGCGCGCGCCUCAUCUCACAGGCAGGCUAUGCUGUGGAGUGGGUCACGCCCCUGGGCAUCCCUGUCGUCCAGCCCUAUCACCAUGACGUCAAGUACCAGGUCCCGGGUGGCAUCCAGAGCAUCACCUGCACCAGCACCGUGGACAGCAGACAGAAGCCCAACACACUGAAGCAGAAGAAUGGCUUUCCCCCCAACUUCAUCCACUCGCUGGACUCCGCCCACAUGAUGCUCACGGCGCUGCACUGCUACCGGAAGGGGCUGACUUUCGUCUCGGUGCAUGACUGCUUCUGGACUCACGCGGCUGACAUCCCGGUCAUGAACCAGGUGUGCCGUGAGCAGUUCAUCCACCUGCACAGCCAGCCCAUCCUGCAGGACCUGUCCACCUUCCUUCAGAAGCGCUUCUGCGACAACCCCAGGUCCCACAAGCCCUCGGAGCGACUCCUGCUGUCCCAGCUGCAGAAUCGGCUCAAGUCGGUGCCCCAGACCGGGGACUUCAACCUGGAGCAGGUGAAGCACUCCAAGUACUUCUUCAGCUGACGGCCCCGCCCCGCCCCGCUCCGUGUAAAUAAAGCCGUGGGUCCCCACGGCCCGGGACACGCGCC